UGCAUGGCUAUAUAAAUCAAACAAACAACAAUCCAUAUAUCAAAAUUAAAAUCAAAACCUCUAAAACUCUAUUUGUUCUUAGUCCAAGUCUGGUCUCCAUCAAUGGCUUUGGAUUUGAACACCAACUUUGCUCUUCCUAAUUGCCUCUUCUCUCUAGUUGUUGCAUUGAUAAUAGUCUCUGUGACACUCUCAUUGAUGCAGAAAAAAAAGAACAAUGAGAAGGAGAAGAAACUCGAGGUUCCACCAGGCAAAAUGGGACUUCCAUGGAUUGGAGAAACAAUGGAGUUUUACAAAGCCCAAAAAAACAACCAAAUAUUUGAAGAUUUUGUUCAACCCCGGACUGCGAAAUAUGGAAAAAUCUUCAAAACAAGGCUGAUGGGGUCGCCAACAGUGGUUGUAAAUGGAGCUGACGCCAAUCGAUUCUUGUUAUCCAAUGAAUUCAAGCUCGUGAUAAGCUCAUGGCCAUCUUCGUCGGUUCAGCUCAUGGGGAAGGACUCCAUCAUGGAAAAACAAGGCAACGCGCAUCACUGCCUUCGCGGUGUAAUAGCCAAAAGCCUUAGCUAUGCUAGCUUAGAUGCUAUGGUGCCCAAAAUAUGCGACUCGGUGACGUCGCAUUUAGAUAAAUAUUGGAACAACCAAAACAACAUUAGUCUGUAUCGAACCACAAAAAUCUUGACGUUUAAGAUUGUGUUCGAGUGCUUGUUAGGGAUGAAAGUGGAGGCAGAGAUGGUGGGAAUGUUUGAGAGAGUGCUGGAGGGGGUUUUUGCUCUGCCUAUUAGCUUUCCCGGGUCCAAGUUUUCAAGGGCAAAAAAAGCAAGGAAGGAGAUAGAAAACGUGUUAGUUGAUAUAGUACAACAGAAGAGGAAGGAGAUGGAAGAAAGUUCCCGAAGAGGAGAGGAAGAAGGAGAAGAAGAAGAAGAAGAAGGGUCAAUGUUAUUGUCUCGGUUGGUGGUUGGCCUGAUCCGAGGGGAGAUUACAGAGGAAGAGGUGGUCGAUAAUGUUGUGUUGCUCGUGUUUGCAGCCCAUGACACGACUUCUUUCGCCAUUGCCAUGACGUUUAGGAUGUUGGCUCAUCACCCAAAUUGCUUCUCUCUUCUCCUUCAAGAACAUAUGGAGAUAUUGAGCAACAAAAGAGGAGGUGGCGAAAAUCUGACGCUGGAAGACACCAAGAAGAUGAAAUAUACCUGGCAAGUUGCUCGGGAGAGCAUGCGAUUGUUCCCUCCUAUAUUCGGAUCGUUUAGAAAAGCGAUUGUCGACAUUGAAUAUGAAGGAUUCAUCAUUCCUAAAGGAUGGAAGGUACUGUGGACUACAUAUGGAACACAUUACAAUGGGGAGUAUUUCAGAGACCCUAUGGAAUUUGAUCCGAGUCGGUUUGAUGAAGCGAUUCAACCAUAUGUAUUUGUACCAUUCGGGGGAGGACCUAGAGUGUGCGCAGGGUACCAACUGGCUAAGUUAAAUAUGCUAAUAUUUGUUCAUUUUGUUGUAACGUGUUAUCAUUGGUCGUUACAAUAUCCGGAAGAGCCAAUCACUAUGGAUCCCCUUCCAUUUCCUUCCCAGGGAAUGCCCAUAAACAUUUCCCCCAAGUUGUUAUAAGAGCACAUAAAACUACAAGUCAUGAUGUAGAAAUUACUUUUGAUUUUAAGCAUGCAAAUAUAUAUGAUAGUUUUUGUCCAAAUAAUGUGAUAGUGACUUUUUACCAGAGAUGUUAUGCUUGGCGGAUAAAAAUAGAAUACGCUGAAUCAAUGUUCCAAAAAUUAAAAUUUUAAGGGGGAGAGGGAAAUGAGCCACUAACUCAUUUUUUGCAUAGAUGAUAAGAAUUUAAUUUCACUAUUUUUUUUUUAAACGUGUUACGUGAAAGAGAAAAGUAAACAGCAAAUGACAAAUGAAAAAUGUUAAAAAGCUAAACUUUGCCGUUGCUGAAAUGGCAACAACAAGGCAACUUGAAAUGAAAGAUGAUAAACUAAAAGAAAAAUGUUUGGUCAUUCGAAUUUGUGUGGUUCGAAUGGUUCAAAAUAUAUCAGAACGACGUCAACGAUGUCGUUUUGAAACAUUCGAGCUAUAAAAAUUCGGAUUACCAAACAUUG